AUUUGAUUGGUGAUUGCUAGGGGACAGCCGCUACAUCUUCAAUUUAGUGGAAAAAAACAAACCGUUUUUAGCGUAACUUCUGGCGUUGCACAGCUGCAGCUGGACGUAUUUUGAUAUUUUAUGGCAGCUAAAGCAGCGGAGACAACGCCUGCUGUGUGCUAGGAUAGAUAAUGUAGUUAAGUAUUUCGUUCAUCAGGUGUGACAGACGAAGCAGAGUCUCUGGGAAGACCACCGGCUGUGACUUCUUUGAUUCGUCCCUGAGAUCAAGAACCUCAAACUGGCCGCCGAAAUGGACGAACAAAGUGUUGAGAGCAUUGCCGAGGUGUUUCGCUGCUUCAUCUGCAUGGAGAAACUGAGGGACGCUCGUCUCUGCCCACACUGCUCCAAACUCUGCUGCUUCAGCUGCAUAAGACGGUGGCUGACGGAGCAGAGAGCCCAGUGUCCACACUGUCGGGCUCCGCUCCAGUUGAGGGAGCUGGUCAACUGUCGCUGGGCAGAAGAGGUCACCCAGCAGCUGGACACCCUGCAGCUCUGCAACCUCACCAAGCAUGAGGACAACGACAAGGACAGAUGUGAGAACCACCACGAGAAGCUGAGUGUUUUCUGUUGGACCUGUAAGAAAUGCAUCUGUCACCAGUGUGCUCUGUGGGGAGGCAUGCACGGCGGACACACCUUCAAGCCUCUGGUGGAGAUCUACGAGCAGCACGUGACCAAGGUGAAGGAGGAGGUCGCCAAGCUCCGCCGCCGCCUCAUGGAGCUCAUCAGUCUGGUGCAGGAAGUGGAGAGGAACGUGGAGGCUGUCAGGGGAGCCAAAGAUGAGAGGGUCAGAGAGAUCCGAAACGCUGUGGAGAUGAUGAUCGCUCGUCUGGACAACCAGCUCAAGAAUAAACUCAUCACCCUCAUGGGCCAGAAGACGUCUUUGACCCAGGAGACGGAGCUGCUGGAGUCUCUCCUGCAGGAGGUGGAGCAUCAGCUUCACUCGUGCAGUAAGAGUGAACUGAUCUCCAAGAGCCCAGAGAUCCUGCUCAUGUUCCAGCAGGUCCAUCGGAAACCCAUGCAGUCCUUCGUCACCACGCCGGUCCCUCCAGACUUCACCAGUGAGCUGGUUCCUGCUUAUGACUCCAGCACUUUUGUUCUGGUCAACUUCAGCACCCUGAGGCAGCGGGCUGACCCAGUCUACAGCCCUCCUCUACAGAUAUCUGGGCUCUGCUGGAGACUCAAAGUCUACCCAGAUGGUAACGGUGUGGUCCGUGGAAACUACCUGUCUGUGUUCUUGGAACUGUCUGCUGGACUCCCUGAAACCUCAAAGUACGAGUACCGUGUGGAGAUGGUCCAUCAGGCCUCCAGUGACCCAACCAAGAACAUCAUUCGGGAGUUUGCCUCUGACUUCGAGGUUGGUGAAUGCUGGGGCUACAACCGCUUCUUCAGACUGGACCUUCUGGCCAGCGAGGGCUACCUGAACAUGCAGACGGACACACUGGUCCUCCGCUACCAGGUUCGCUCACCCACCUUCUUCCAGAAGUGCAGAGAUCAGUACUGGUACAUCAGCCAGCUGGAGUCGGCCCAGAGCGGCUACAUCCAGCAGAUCAACAACCUCAAAGAGAGGUUGGCCAUCGAGCUGUUUCGCCGUCAGACGUCGCGCAGCUCCUCACCCCCCGAGAUGAGGCUCGCCACAGGCACCACAGCCUCCGAAAGAGACCCUCGCUCGGUGAAGAGUGACGACGACAUCCAGACCACUUUGACCAACACUAAAAAAGGCGAAGAAGAAGAGAGGACGCAGCACGAUGACUCAAAUGAACUGUCGGACGGUGACUUGGAGGUGGACUGUCUGACCGAAGAGGAGGUGAACCCGCUGGAUGGCAGCAGCACCUCGGGGAGCUCCACGGCCACCAGCAACACAGAGGAGAACGACAUAGAUGAGGAGACCAUGUCAGGAGAGAAUGAUGUAGACUUCAUUGGGAACCUGGAGGCCGAAGAAGGAGAGCUUCCUGAUGACUUGGCGGGAGCAACAGGUGGAUCCAGCUCUGUUUCCUUGUGUGCCUUACAUCGCAGUGCUGCUGCCCCUCGCAGUAGCGCCAGUUGUAGCGGAGCUGCAGCUGGUGGUGCUGUUGGCCAAGGCAGCAACAGUCUCCUGGAUAUCGACCCAGUCAUUCUGAUCCAGCUGCUGGAUCUAAAGGAGCGCAACAGCGUGGAGUCUCUGUGGGGGCUCCAGCCUCGGCCUCCCGUAUCUCUGCUGCACAGCCAUGCUCAUCCUCACUCCAGGAAAGAACGAGAGCGGCGGCCUCAGGUGGUGCGACGAUCGGCUCCAGACUCGGGGGUCCUGAUCCGCCUCAAGGCUCAGAUGGCAGAGGUCCGCAGCAAGAUGUCUGACGUCAAGAGUCAAGUGCUGGAGGCUCGGGGGAUUGGAGAGCCCAGGCCUGGCCUAUCAGGGGGCUUCAGUGUGGAGGAAGCACCGUCUCAUCAUGCUGAUUCAGAGUUGUCAGCUUGUCGUAAGCCCAGUGAGUUGGAGCUGCUGGGGAGGGCAGCUGCAGCUCGGUCCAGGCCCUGCCGCCCCGCCAGGAAAUCUCUGUCUCCCGUCCUGGACAGCAGCAGCAGCUCUCUGGUGGUGAAGAGGAGGAGUCCAGAGGAGAUAGAGAAGGACGUGAGGGGGGGCGAUGUGGCCACAGAGCUCAGCCUGCAUCUUAAAGACGGGCUGGGAGGUGCAGACGGUGGGCUGAAGGCUGACACCGCCCAGGGCCCCCUCGUGUCUCUCGGCAGCUCCUCGUCAGAGCAGCAGGCUUCAACCUCCAAGCAGCAGUAUUCAGUGGAGCAGCAGCUGUACGGGGCCUCGGGGUCCAGGGACGACAUCUUCUCCUUGGGGGGGCCGAGCUACAUGAUUGCCAGCAAGAACUGCGGCAGUAGGACCCUGGGGGCAGCCAUGUUGCAGUGUGAACCUGAAAGCUCAGGAAACUCCCAUCAUUCCCUGCUGGAGGGACCGUCUGCACAGCCACAGUCAAAUGAAGAUCAGUCGCCGUCGGUCCUGGUGGCAGCAACAAGCAGCGACAGUGACUCUGAGGACGAGGCUCUGCAGAGCAACAACUCUCGCUACGACAACCAGACUCCUCCCUGCACAGUAUGUUCAGACGUGGCGCUUGCUGAAAGUGCGUGGCUUUACUGGCUGGACUGAAGGAGGACGGAAGACGUGUAAAGUCAAACUGAAAUCAUCGGCUAGAGCGAAGUUAAUGUUUGAGAUGUGUUCAUCUCUCCAGUCUUCUUAAUCACGUGGUUUUGUUACUGUUGCUUUACAUGUUCAUGUACAUGAUGGAGGCUCUCACCAGUUCUUAACCUUUUUCUCUUAUUUGUGCUUCUUGUGUCAAACGCUGCUUUCUUUUUUUUUGAAUGUUCCCAGAAUGCACUGCAUUAUUCGAUGUGUACAUUCCCCUUGUGUAAUAAAUAAAAUGUUUUACGAACCUGGAAAUGA